AGUACCAGAAUACCAGAACCUAACGCUAUAAACCACCACUUUGCUGGGUCUUUUUUGCGAUUACAUACACCAGAACUACUGAGCUCGAUCAGUAACUUAAUAUAAGUUACUUCAUCUACAUGCUGAUACUUUUCAUGAACUAACCGUUAAGGAGCAUCCGUAUCUAUCGAAGCUGCGAGGAAACGCUGCAAGAUGGCUGCUACGGUCCCAUACUCCGGGUACGGAGGCCUGAUAUGGAAGCCGCGAGACAGUUUGGCGAAUCCCAGUGUCGGUAAGUUCAAGUGUAUAAUGCAGAAUCAGGAUCGAUUUCGAUCAUGAGCGUGUGUGUGCACCAUGUGAAUUUCAGUUUCUCAUGCUAGUGCACUAGCACUUACAACGAACAGCACCUCAAACACUGAUCAAAAGGCGACCUCGGCAAGAUGCGGUUUGACGAUAAACACUACCUUCGAGCCUACAACCAAUGCCGAGGGCGAGGGAUAGCACCCAGUAUCUGCAUGGAGGCCCUGCCAGGCGACGCACACAUCACGCCACAAAACCCGCUCCCAACACAGUUUUCGAAGGAAAUCGUGGAUGCUGUGGAAUGUACGAAUUUUUCUUGCUCUUGUUUUUAUUUGCUUUGUCGUUUAUUGUCAUGCUGGCUCUUGGACAUGUUGAUGAAGAUUUUACAUAAAAAAACACCACUUGAUAUCUAUGAUUCUAGGUAUGGCGGACACGGGCGACGUGGAGAGGUGUCAGCACUAUUUCGAAGGGUUGCACAAAAAAGUAAAUUUCGUCGAAACCGAGAAACCGGGAACCAUUUCAAAAACGGUCGACACAGUCGUGGGCUCGCUGGGGUUGCUGGGUAUUGUAGCUGUUAAGCCGAUGCACACUAUAGCUCUUUUAGUGUGAGGAAGUAUAGAUGUAAGAAAGCACUUGCACUGCGUUUCAAGAGAACAUUACCUGCCACUCACUCCAGGUUCCUCAGCACCCUUCGCAGCUGGAGCCGCAGCGUUGUUUUUGCAGGGCCUCCGGUUGAAGUUUUGAUUCAUGUGAGAAACGCAAACAAUUACAUGCGCAUGCCCCAACCAUAGGACUCGUUCCGCUGGAUGUAGGAAAAAUCGAAAGCAGCUUUGUUGCUGGUGAAGACGCAAGGACGAAGGUUUUUCUCAGAAACGAAAUAUCAAAAAGGAAACGCUUAGUAUGGCUUCAUUCAGCG